AUGGGUUCUUGUUCGAACAAGUUGUUUAACAGAGAGAGGACAAUACAUGAGAUUCUAGGAAGUGGCAUUGUUGCAGAUGUGAUGCUGUGGAGGAAGAAGGAUUUGAGUGUUGGUAUUGUUACAGUGACAAUAGCUUCAUGGAUUGUGUUUGAGUCAUUUGCUUAUACCAUCUUCACUCUUGUUUCAAGUGUUCUUCUUCUCUUGCUUUCAAUUCUCUUCCUCUGGUCCAAAUCUGCAUCCAUUCUCAACAGACCAUCACCGCCAUUACCGAAGUUUCAAAUAAGCGAAGCAAUGGCGGAAGAAGUUUCGGAGUUAUUACGCAUCCAUGUGAAUAAACUGCUGCAAGUAUCGCAUGACAUUGCAAUGGGAAGAGACUCAGAGUUGUUUACCAAAGUAGCAGUCGUUCUGUUUCUCAUUUCAUUCAUCGGAAGCCUCGCAGAUUUUCAGACACUUUGCCACACCGGGGUUUUGGUGGUUAUGAUGGUUCCAGCUUUUUACGAGAGAUACGAGGAUUACAUAGAUGGAUCUAUAGUGUUUAUCUGCAACAAAACUAAAGAGCUUUGCCUUAGAUUCGAGAUAUGGGCUUAUCCGGAAAAUAAGAAACUGAGCUGA